AUGAUCACAGAUCGUUUCACCCACAUUCUCAACAUAUUGAAGAAAUGGCUUUCACGGCUUGCACGUCGCUCUGCGAGUUUAUUCUUCGUCGUCUUGUCUUCACUGCAUCGUUUUGUAGCACGUCAUUUGAAGCUCGGUGAUCGGAGAUUGAUCACUCGUUUUGCCAGCGGGGUGCCCCCACGAUCUCAAGAGGAUAUCAAAGGAGAGGGUUCAUGUGUUUGCCCGAGUCUUCUGCCGCCUGGUCAAAUGGGGCGGGAAGCUGGAGAGCCACCAUCGCCCUCAGACGAUCCUUACACAGGAUCCCAUUUACCUUUGCGAAAGAGUACAGGGAUGCCUCCGUUGGACCCUAAUCCAACAACGAUAGGAUACACUAGUGCCACUCACACAGAUGGGCUCCAUCAAGGCCCUGUGUCAAGUUCACACCUGUCUCUGCGUAUGGAAGAGGGUUCUACGAAAAGCAAGACAUUCCUCAAGGACGGCGCAUUGCAGGAGCCCAGCAGUCCAGGCCCUUCGCGCCUUUCUGGCCACCAUGAACUGUCCACGAUACAUUCACGACCACGAGGAUACAUGGACGAUGCUCAUUCUUUGAAUACAAUGCGCACGCCAUCCAUGAGGCAUUUGGCGCCUGGUAUGUCCUAUUCCCUACACGCGUCCAGUAGUCGUGUUUCGGUGAGCACGGGUCACUCUUUUACACGAUCAAUUGCUGGUUCGGAAGCCCGACAAGCUGCAUAUCGAGCACACACGGGAACUGACCAUUCUCGCCCGUCUCGCCCGAGUAGCAUCUAUAGUAUCGCCGAUGUACACCACGGAUCCCGGAAUACGGUUUAUACUCCAUUGGAUUCGUCUGCCCAGGCUGUGCCGAUACCAGGUCACGGUUUAGAUCAUCAUGUGCAUUACACUGCUCCCCCCGGCAACAAUGAGCAGGUACCGGGCUCAGAGGUCGUCAUGGUCUAUGACGGCCCGGAGCUAAGCUCUAUGGUUCCGGAUGAUGUCAAGAGGUAUGGCAGGUGCCGUUACCGAGAGUACAAGGUCACCAGCUUUACCAUCCAUGCUUUGACAUUGGCUGCACCUGACAUGGAUGUGCCCGAAGGAUGGACUGCGUUUAUGCACCCAGAGGGCGCUCGUUAUUUUGUGAACCAAGAAACGAGAACAUUCACAGACAUGAAUGUUUGUGAAGCAGAUAUACGCGAUGACAUCGAAUACUUCAUGCACUAUCUGCUGGACGAACUGCAGCAGACCAUCGAGGACAGGAACCUCUCGCUCGACAUGGAGCAGGUGGACCUCGUGGUUGAGCCCAAGACCUUUGGUGGCGACUCUGUCAUCUGUUGCUAUUAUUUCGUCAAUCACCACGACAGAUGCCUCUUUUGGUUAGAUGACUUUAAUCCCGAAGAUAUUAUCUCAGAAUGUAAAGGCAUCAACAACCUCUCACAUAUAUGGCUUGCCGUUGAAGCGCAAUACUGGAAACAUUGGGAUUAUUUUCCUGGUUUGUGUCCGGUUACACAAGACAUUGUCGAUGAACUCAAUGAUAUGUUGGUACAUGCGACAUGUGACCACUUAACAUCGCUGCAGUCUUGUGCGGCGUUUGACGCCAUUGAACUCAAGGAUCAUCUUUCUGUGGUUGACAAAAUCAAGGUCCAUACCACUCAGACUGCCCCUGCGCAUCAGAGUGUGCGACGAGGUCACGCUGCUAUUGUCAUUGGCCGCAUCAUGUAUACGUUCAUUCAUAAUCGCUUUGUGAAUUAUCACGGUGAAGAUUGUGUGAGGCUGAUAUUUGAACAAUCGGUCCAUGGUUGGUCAUAUAAACCAUCACCGUUGAUGAUCAUUCUCGCACCCCUUCUGUUGCUUGACCCUGUGGCUCAAGUCCAAGAACUGCACAAGAUUUUUGUGGAUGAGGUUACUUACGAAGCACGGUGGCGAGAAUUCUGCUUAAAAUUCAAAGGGCAGCUUCAGGACUCUAACCUCUUGGCCACUGUCUUACUCAAUGCCAACGUCGGGUUUCUCGCCAUCAACACUGUUGAUAGAAGCGGUAGAAAUGCCAUUCAAAUGGCAAGCUACAUGUCCUUGGUGACGAGCUUGGGGAGCAUAGUCGUCGGCCUGUUCUUUGUCUCACAUGAUCGAACAUCUGGACAAAAUACAGCCACGGAAGCGGCAGAAUUUUUAGGAAGACUUCACAAUAGAAAACACGGACUGGAAAAGCUGGCUAUAAUUUAUAGCCUCCCAAAGGCAUUGCUGAUUAUGGCCUUCUUCUUUGCGGCAUUCUCGAUCGAUUGGUGGAAAGCUGGAGAUAAAACUUCCAGGAGCAUCGUUGGUUCUGUGACACUGGUCGUAUUGGUGAUGAUUUUAAGCAGCAUCAUUCUAACCAGGGACGAAGCAAUAUGGUCGUGGCGGCUAAUCUGGCGGUUGUUUGGAAACAUCACCCAGGAACUGUUGUCUCGUCUGGCUAACGCUUGGAAGCAAAUCAUUGCGCUCGGCCAAAUCGACCUUGUUGGUCCCUCUGCCGAGGCGGAUAUUCCAAUGCCUAUCACCUCUUAUAUCACAACUUUACCUGAUCCAGAACUAGACAAUCAUGAAAAUCGUCCCGACUCCCCUAUCACCCAUGUCCGGCUAGGCCACCAUACCGCUUCGGUACACGUACCUCAGCAACCACAUGCUGGCAACUUCGUGCAGCCAUUAUCGGAUUCACACACCAACCUAGUUGUUCUGUCACGCAUAGGCUCUUUGCAACAGAUUCGAGAAAAUACCCAGACAGAUUUCCAGGAUCAAUCUACCACGGAGGCUCACCGCGAGCACGGUAGUGCCCCAUUAUCCGUGCACUUUGACACAUUGCCAAGCUCUACAUCAGAAGGGAUGGUUGAAACACCGGCCAGUGCACCACGGAAUUCUGAUGUUCUCCCAACCACGACAAGCAUCUUGUCCAAGCAUGGAUUACACAGUGCAGCGGUAGCCACCGACACGGAGGUGCCCAUAUUGCCUGAUUUAUUUGAAGUGGUCGAAGAGCCCCGGGACCUCGAACAUCCUUCGAGCACAACGCCACCUCCAAGAAUCUAUGCUAGAAGCGCCACUGGUGACCAUUUUCAUCGUGCGCCAGAGGCUCCGCAGUCGACACUUGAAGCUGGUCAUGAUGACAUAAUAGAGGAGUGCCAAGAGUAG